AUGACUGUCUCUACUGUGAAUUUCGUGGAAUUCCAUCCACUGUGCAAAGUACCAUUUAGUGUCUUGAAGAGUCAAUGUGGAAACGCUUAUAAAGUUGCACCUUCUAGGUGCCAUUCCUCUCUCUAUACACCUUCUUGGAUUCUCUCUGACUGCGUGGUUUCUCUCUCUCCCUCUCUCUGCUUGGUUUUUCUCUCCCCCUCUCUCUGCUUGGUUUCUCUCUCUCCCUCUCUCUGCUUGCUUUCUCUCUCACCCCCUCUCUGCUUGCUUUCUCUCUCACCCUCUCUCUGCUUGCUUUCUCUCUCACCCUCUCUCUGCUUAGGUUCUCUCUCACCCUCUCUCUGCUUAGGUUCUCUCUCACCCUCUCUCUGCUUGCUUUCACUCUCUCUCUCUCUGCUCCCUUCUUGGUUUCUUUCUCUCUCUCAGCUCCCUUCUUGGUUUCUCUCUCUCUCUCUCUGCUCCCUUCUUGGUUUCUCUCUCUCUCUCUCUGCUCCCUUCUUGGUUUCUCUCUCUCUCUCUCUCUCUCUGCUCCCUUCUUGGUUUCUCUCUCUCUCUCUCUGCUCCCUUCUUGGUUUUCUCUCUCUCUCUCUGCUCCCUUCUUGGUUUCUCUCUCUCUCUCUCUCUCUGCUCCCUUCUUGGUUUCUCUCUCUCUCUCUCAGCUCCCUUCUUGGUUUCUCUCUCUCUCUCAGCUCCCUUCUUGGUUUCUCUCUCUCUCUGCUCCCUUCUUGGUUUCUCUCUCUGCUCCCUUCUUGGUUUCUCUCUCUCUCUCUGCUCCCUUCUUGGUUUCUCUCUCUCUGCUCCCUUCUUGGUUUCUCUCUCUCUCUCUCUCUCUCUCUCUCUCUCUCUCUCUCUUCCCUUCUUGGUUUCUCUCUCUCUCUGCUCCCUUCUUGGUUUCUCUCUCUCUCUCUCUCUCUGGCCCCUUCUUGGUUUCUCUCUCUCUCUGCUCCAUUCUUGGUUUCUCUUCCCCUCUCUCUCUCUCUUUUUCUGCUCCCUUUUGUGUUUCUCUCUCUCUCUCUGCUCCCUUUUUGGCGUCUCUCUCUAUCUCUAUCUGCUCUCUUCUUAGUUUCUCUCCGCCUCUCUCUCUCUCCAUCUUUGCUCCCUUCUUGGUUCCUCUCUCUUUCUUUGCUCCCUUCUCGGUUUCUCUCUCUUUCUUUGCUCCCUUCUCGGUUUCUCUCUCUCCCUCUCUCUGCUUGGUUUCUCUCUUUCCCUCUCUCUGCUUGGUUCUCUCUCACCCUCUCUCUGCUUAGGUUCUCUCUCACCCUCUCUCUCUGCUCCUUUCUUGGUCUCUCUCUCUUUCUCUCUCUCUGCUCCCUUCUUGGUUUCUGUCUCUCUCUCUCUUUGCUCCCUUCUUGGUUUCUCUCUCUCUCUCUCUGCUCCCUUCUUGGUUUCUCUCUCUCUCUCUCUCUUUGCUCCCUUCUUGGUUUCUCUCUCUCUCUCUCUCUCUUUGCCCUUCUUGGUUUCUCUCUCUCUCUCUUUUCUCCCUUCUUGGUUUUCUCUCUCUCUCUCUCUCUCUUUGCUCCUUCUUGGUUUCUCUCUCUCUCUCUCUCUCUCUCUUUGCUCCCUUCUUGGUUUCUCUCUCUCUCUCUCUCUCUCUCUCUCUCUUUGCCCCCUUCUUGGUUUCUCUCUUUCUCUCCCUCUUUUCUCCCUUCUCGGUUUCUCUCUUUCUCUCCCUCUCUGCUCCCUUAUCGGUUUCUCUCUCUCUCUCUCCUCUCUUUCUGUCGUCUUCCUUUCACCUUUUUCCUGGCGUUUCGCUCUCUCCCCUUUUAUGUUGUCUCAUUACCUCUCUCUUUUUCUGGCGUCUCACUCUCUCUUUGUCAGCUUCUUUUGCCACCUCUCUUUCUGUCUCCCUCUCACCUUUUUGGCGUCUCUCUCUCUCUCUCUCUCUCUCUCGUUUGUCCUCUCCUUCUACUUCUACAUCUCUACCUUCUUGGUCUCCCCCCCCUCUCUCUCUCUCUCUCUCUCUCUUUCUAUCCUUCUGAUUUCUCUUUCAUCGAAUUAACAGCAAUAGCUACCUUCUUGGUCUCCCACUUUCUCUCUCUCUCUCUCUCUCUCUCUGAUUUCUCUUUCAUCGAAUUAGCAACUGCUACCUUCUUGCAGCAACAGCUACUUCCAUGGACUUUCUCUCUCUCUCUCUCUUUUUUCUCUCUCUCUCUCUCUGACUUGUCGUUCAUCGAAUUAGCAGCAACAGCUACCUCCAUAGUCUCUCUCUCUCUCUCUCUCUCUGAUUUCUCGAUCACCGAAUUAGCAGCAGCAGCUACCUUCUUACAGCAACAGCUACCUUCUUGGUCUCUCUCUCUCUCUCUCUCUCUCUCUCUCUCUCUCUCUGAAUUCGCUUUCAUCGAAUUAACUGCAACAGCGAUCUCCUUGCAGCAACAGCUACCUUCUUGGUCUCUCUCUCUCUCUCUCUCUGAUUUCUUUCAUCGAAUUAACUGCAACAGCGAUCUCCUUCUCUCUCUCUCUCUCUCUGAUUUCUCUUUCAUUGAAUUAACUGCAACAGCUACCUUCUUGGUCUCUCUCUCUCUCUCUCUCUCUGAUUUCGCUUUUCAUUUGAAUUGGUCUUUCUCUCUCCUCUCUCUCCUCUUUCUUUCUCUCUGA